CUCGUUGCUGACGAACGACGGCCAUCCUUAACACGUGAAGUUCAGCCAUGGAGUCUAUUUGUUUCAGAUUGUCGUUCCAGUUGCGUGAUUUUCUUUAAGGAGCAUCGCUCAAAGUGGCACGGUUGGGCAACGGAGAGAAUGAUGAACGGUGUUGCGGUUUCUUCGAAGAAGUUGGCUGAUUUGUUCGGCCUGAAAAUGUGGCGAUGUUGGACGGAUAUCGAGGCUCCUCCGUUGGAGGUAUUGUCGUCUAUCAUUUUCGAGAGGAGCUGCUGGGACUCUGAGGUGAUCAGGUGGAAGGUGCUCAAUCAGAUCAACGACUGUUGUGAUAUCGUGCAGUACGUCGUCAAUGAUAUACCUCCACACCCAACGCGGGACUGUUCGGUGAUCAGGUAUAGCUCAUGUAUAAUAACGUCGACCUCAGUAAAUCCAAACUAUUCGUCACUUAUCGGAGGCAUCAAGGUACCGUGGAUCGAAGCAUGGUACUUCAUAGAGCCAACUGGAGGAGGACGAUCACGGAUCAGUUACAUAUCCCGCAUGGACUUGAGGGGUCGUAGUAAAUCGUGGUAUAACAAGUAUUACGGCUGCCACUGCGCUAUUCAUAUGAGGAACAUCAAGAGCCAUUUCAGGCAGCUGUUUUCCAGGGGCCCUGAAACAACUAUCUGA